CAAGCUUUCAUGGGUGUCUCUUGACGCGUCGAGAUUGAUUGAGGGGACUACUCCGAGUGAUACCUCCCGGGAAAGUGUCGAUUUUCCACGAAUGCUCUCGCGCUCCAUCGAGUUUCUCGAUCCCGAGUGCCAUGGGCACCCCGGAGGUUCUGCACCGCAUGCAUACUGGGAAGGCUUAUUUUCCGCUUUCUCGAUCUUGCAGUUUUCAGGGGAAACGAGAACAGAGACUCCUUGGGGUCAGGGUGGUUGUGUCUGGGUAUUUUCCGUCUUUCACGGACCGUGCCUCCCUGGAAGAGGCCUUGUAAGAAGCCUCCUAACCGCGAACCCGUUGCUGGGCUUCUGCCACCAACCUUUUUCCUGAUUCCAUUUCUGGUUUACAGCGUUGCUUUUUGCUCACGUUUCAACCAUUUUCCGUGCACCUUUGAAGCGGUUCAUUCCCCAACUCCCCCAUCUGGCUGUGCCCGUUUUCAUGGAUCAGAAACCGUUUGAACCGUACAGGUCCUCGAGUUUUUGCCGUGACACUCCAGGCAUACCCUGACCUUAUCGGUGGCAAACCCGUUAACGGUUCUCGCAGAAUCGCACAUUUGCGGGUUCCUCGUGUUCACUCGAAGGGCCUCUAGUGUAUGUACAACUCCUUCCAUGCCACAUCCGGCGGCGGCUGCCCGACCACCCCGGCGGUUACGCCACAUUUUCUUUUCCGCGCUACCGUCCGACAAUCCUAGGCUCGGUCAAAUUCAUUCCUCCACCUUUCCGACUUCUUUCCCGUUUCUCGCUUUUCGCUUACUUUCCCUUGGAAUUCGUGUUUGAGCUUUCGUUCGUGGAAAAAAUGGGAUUCGCCGGAAGCCCUGCUCCUUUCGAGCGGAGAAGCAUAUGUGGGUCUGCGUUUGUCGGUUCCCUUUCGCUUCGGCUCUCUCCUUCGCUUUCGCUUUCAGUGUUGAUUUAUAUUUUUCUCGGCAUCAUCCUCGGGCCUUCUCAGGAUCGAUUGGCGCAUGGCCACAUCCACUAUGCUCCGGAACAUUUCGACUCUCACGUCCUCGCCCGGUUGCCGGAGCCAAAUUUCUGCAAGUGGCUCGAGGAGGAGGGCCACACGGCAUUCGGCUCCUUCGUUGGCGGCCUGACAACCUUUCGUCUCCUCUCGACUCUCUGCUCAGCAAAUCCCGUCCUUUCAUGGACGAAUGCAGAGCAAUCUGGCUGCAGAGGCGACUGCGCUGACGCCGUGGAUUUGGAAAUGCGGCGGAGACUCAUCCGCCCUGCUCCUGCGCGGCGUCUCGCCAGUUCACUUCUCUCGGAAUCAGCUCAUACUCGAAGCGAAACGCGCUGGGUACGAAACCGUGCCUCACCGUCGUCUGCUGUCGAAGCGCAUUUGCCGGGCUCCCCCAGCUCCAGUCCACCUUCCGCCCUCGCCUCUGCUGCUGCUCGCUCUGUUGCAUCUGUCGGGGCGUCUUCUGUGAACUCUGAAUGGGAGGCGACUGAGGCGAAGACGCAAAAUGGGGAGGGGAAAGGUCGGCGAAAACAGAGGAAUCGUGCGUUUUCGGAACAGGCCGAUGAGAGAGGCCGGUUCGCCUCUUUCCGGUCCUUCUGGUCUGCGCUGGUGUCUGCGUUUCUCGUCACGAUCGCCACUGAGCUGGGGGACAGAACAUUCUUUCUCGCGGCGCUUCUCUCGAUGAAGUACUCGAAAGCGAUUGUCUUCGUCGGCACGUGCCUCGCUCUCUUUUUGAUGACGGCUUUCUCCACGGGCUUGGGAAGACUGCUGCACUGGGCGCCGGAUAUGCCGGGGCUGAGAGCGCGUCUUGGCGACUUUCCAAUCGACGCGUGGGUCUCCUGUCUCCUCCUUCUCUUCUUCGCCUUUCUCCACCUGAAGACUCUGUGGGAACCUGAGGCAGCUUCACCAGGACCCUCUCGCGCUCCUUCUUUCUCAGGCAACUCGACGCAACGCGCCCGGGAGCUUAUUGCCUCCGCCGGCAGCUCGCCAAACGCAGUCCCUGUAUCCGGGGUCACUCCACCUCAUGGGGGAGGACACGGGAGGCAAGAAGCCCACGAAGAGAGCAAGGCGACACGGGACGGUUUGAAGGCGGACGAGAAAGACAGCUCUUCAAGAAGCGGGAAGAAGCGGAAAGACGCAGAGCUCGUCUCUUUGGUCGACAGUGGAAAUGGAGAAGGACGCCAAUGUCCGGCUGCGGUAGCGAGAGAAGGAAAGACAGGAGAAGCCAAUCGAACGGGGAGACGAAGCAGCGGAGGCAGCACACGGCCGGAAUGCUCUCCCCUAGAUGCGUUUUCUUUGUCUCUCGCCAUGGGGAACUCCGAUGGAUCUCUCUCCUCAGAGACCGGAUCUGAGAAGUCCUUCUCCCGGGCCUCGUCUGUCUACACCAACCGCAGCAGCGUCGAUGGCGGUGGAGACGGAAAGGGAAGAAAAGAAGGAGAUCAUUUGAAAACCCACAACAGAGAACGUCGUCCGAGCAGACAUGACGCCGUAGACGAAAGUUUCAUUGAAGCAGAGGAAGAACUUCAGAGAAUACAGUACACGCGACUGGGUCUUCGCCCGUCAUCCUUGAAGAUUCUGUGGGAAGUCUUUCUUGUCAUUGGCUCGGCGGAAGUUGGCGACAAGUCAAUGGUGGCGACUGUCGGCCUUGCGACAGCUCAAAACGCCUUCGGCGUCUUCGUCGGAAGCUGCCUGGGACAUGCAGGCGUGACGCUGCUGGCCGUGAUGGCUGGCAUUAUGCUUCAGGGCCGGCUUAGCGAGCGAUACAUGAACGUUUCUUGUGGUCUCCUCUUUCUUGGAUUCGGACUCGUCGCUCUCUUCGACGCCGUCAUGCGACCAGACUCUGGCAAGUAGCCAAGACAAUGAUCGGCAUUUCCCCGUCGUACCCAUAUAUAUAUAUAUAUAUAUAUAUAUGCGAGUGUGCAUACGCGCAGAUGUGGUUCCAUAGUGUGUGUGGGAUUCCCUUUCGCGGGCUCAACCUGUUUAGCGGUUUCAUUGUCUGAGGAUGUGCGUGCGCUGCUACGACGGAACCGUGAAAGGAAGGGAACGAAGGCUGCGGGAGUCCGUAAGUAGAAAGCAACACCCGUGCUGGGUUGUGUCUUCGGGAGAAGUGGAGCUGCCAGAACGAACAAAUUAACAGAGCUGAAUGCACGCAUGCAUCCUCGCGUCUGAACAGCCGGGCUCUGAGGUGUUCGUUUUAUCGGGAUGCCGUUUCGGAGAGGUGGAAGCGCGAGCUUGACACCUCAUAUUGUGGGGAUGAUUCCAAAUAUCCACCCCUUUGUUUCCGUGACGUUGUGCCACCGGCUCUAUCUGCAUGCGCUCGUCUGCGCGUCGGGUUUCUGCCUUUUUGAAGUGUCUUGUUCCCUUUCUAGGCCUAUAGAACUUGUGUGUACGGUUCAUUUUUCAAGGGUUCUUUUUUACAUGCAAAUCAGACAGUCAGCUUUCUAGACGUAACUGCAUCGAAACACACACAACCACUCUUGGGUAGAGCCACGACGCAGAGUUCCCUUGGCAUCAUGCACACUGGGUCAUUCUGCUGGCCUUCGUAGGAGCGGCUUCUUCGCGAAACGGCGUGACAAACACUCACGGUUUUGAGAGACGGCAACAAAAUCACGGGACGUUUGGGAAAAUAAGUGGUUCUGGAGAGAAAUGGAAGAAGUGCUGCUGAGAGUUGCGAGUGCCGCUCUGUUUUGUCUUCCGCUACUCGCUUGAUUUGAGCGCGAAACAGGAUUUGUAUCUAUGGCUGCUUCCCCAGUGACGCCGAACACUCAGCCUCUGCUGUCGUGCAAACGUUGUCUGACGCUUGUAGAGUCGCUUUUAACUCGCUGUCGCAUAAGUUUCUGCGCUAGCAACACCACGCCGUCGGAGAAAAGUUGUGUCAGGACCUUUCGCUUGCCCAGAACUUCCCAGGAAGGGAAGAGGCAGCAGCCUGGCUGUCUCGAAGCUACCUGCGUAUUUGUCGGUUCUGUUCUUCGCUGCGUCACGAGGUUCUGCUUGUUUCCUUUAGUGCGAACGGCAGCGGCAAGACCGGAGAACGAUCUGAUCGGCCAAAACAUCUGUUGUGUGUUUUUGGGCCAGAGGUGGAGUGUCACGGGUCGACGCCGGAACAUAAGUCUCUACGCGAAUGGCGCUUUGUAUUCUAGACGAGUGCUGGACACGAAACUACGUAGUUGGGUGGAAGAAAUAACAGACCCCUCGGG